AUGAAGUCGCGGGAGAAGUACGUGUUUUAUAGGGAUAGGCCCGAAUGGUCUGAUAUUACACCAGUUCCGCAAGAUGAAGAUGGAAGAAAUGUCGUAAAGAUUGCCUAUUCCCCAGAGUUUGUGGAUGCGAACGAUUAUAUGCGCGCAGUUCUACUGAAGGAUGAAAGAAGUAAACGGGCUUUGGAAAUAACGGCGACGGUUUUGAUCCUGAACCCUGCCAACUAUACGGUUUGGGAAUAUCGAAGAAGGAUUUUGACAACUAUUGCUUGUGAUUUACUGGAUGAAUUGCGGUUCGUCGGCAAGUUAAUAGAAGAAAAUUCAAAAAAUUAUCAGCUUUGGCAUCACCGCCAGUGGGCUGUGAUGCAGUUAGUCAGUGCGUAUCCUGCAGAUAGCACUAAUGAAAACAAAGAAGUUCACACCAAGUACGGUCUCGGUGAACUCGAAUUCACUGCGGACGUGAUUUCGGAUGAUUCCAAGAAUUAUCAUGCAUGGCAGCACCGACGUUGGGCCGUCAACUACUUCAAAAUACCAUCAACACAUGAACUCCAGUACACUGAGACCUUGAUUUUGGAGGACGUAUAUAACAAUUCCGCGUGGAAUCAUCGCUUCGUCACGGUGUCGAAGGACGAGGGGUUGACUCCACCUGUUCUUCAGCGGAAUAGUUAA